CCCUGUACUUGCAUUUCAACUUCUGGUUCUUUAUCUAUAAAUCCUCAAACUUUAACAGCUUUAUUACCAACUAAAGCUACAAAAAUUAAAACAAAAUACAUCAAAAUAAUAAUGGAACGGUUCACCUUGCUUCUGUUAUGCUUCUCAUUGCUGCAUCAUACAGCUAUUUCUACAAUCAUAGACACUAUUAGUACUACACAGUACCUCACUGAUGGUGACACCAUGCUUUCAGCUGAUGCAAACUUUGCACUUGGAUUCUUCGGUAUACCAGAAAGUUCCAUGAACCGUUACCUUGGAAUAUGGUACUAUAAAGUGCCAACUAGGACAGUGGCAUGGGUUGCCAACAGAAACACUCCACUUAAUGACUCAUUUGGAAUCUUGAAGAUCACUGACAAAGGAAUUCUUGCUCUUCAUAGUCAUAACAAUGCCAUCAUUUGGCAUUCCAACUCGUCAAGAUUCGUUCAGCGACCGGUUGCAGUGCUUUUGGAUUCAGGGAACCUCAUUGUGAAGGAAUAUGGGAGCAACAACAAUGACUUAAAAAGCUUUCUUUGGCAGAGUUUCGAUUACCCUUUUGACACAAUGCUGCCAGGGAUGAAGUUCGGAAGCGACUUAAGUACAGGCUUGAAUAGGUACUUAACAUCUCAAAUUAGCCCCGAUGAUCAAUCUAAAGGUAACUAUACUUUUCAGCUUGAUAUUGUUGGAUAUCCAGAAUUAUGUAUAAGAAACGGUGAAUCCAAGUCCUUUUCUAGUGGAUCCUGGAAUGGUCUUCGAUUUGGUGGAAUUCCCCGGUUAAAACAGAAUACUAUAUACCACUACUACUUUGUUUACAGUAAGGAAGAGAUAUAUUAUACAUUUGAGCUUCUUAAUAGCUCAAUGUAUUCAAGAUUUGUGCUAUCUGCGAAUGGAAUCAUGACACGUUAUGUUUGGAGUUUGAGGAAUCAAAGUUGGACACCCUACCUAACAUUGCCAAAUGAUAUCUGUGAUAGUUAUGGUAAAUGUGGACCAUAUGGUAAAUGUAAUAUAGACAACUCCCCUCCAUGUGAUUGCUUGAGCGGAACUGUACCUAAAGUCCCUGAAGAAUGGAAUCAGGCAGAUUGGUAUAAUGGUUGUAUUAGAAGUAAUCCGCUAAGUUGCCAUGGAGAUGGAUUCAAAAAGUUUACUGGUCUGAAGCUGCCUGAUACACAGAAAGCAUCAUGGUUAAAUACUAGCAUGAGUCUUGACGAGUACGCGAAGUUCUGCCUGAAAAAUUGCUCCUGCAUGGCUUAUGCUGCAUUGGAUAUCAGCAAAGGGGCAAGUGGGUGUUUAAUGUGGCAUGAUGAGCUGAUAGAUAUUAGAGUGCUGAGUGAUCCACAACAAGAUCUUUAUGUUAGAAUGUCCAAGAAAGAUUCAGAUGAAGAUGAAAAAUCAAAGGGUGGAUCUGAUAUCCCGAAGAUGCAGAUUAUUGUUUGCAGCUCAGUCUUAUUUAUAGGAAUGAUGAUGAUCCUAUGCAUUUCCUUGAUCCUGUAUAGAAGAAAGAAAAACCAGAAAAACUAUAGGAACAUGAGAGGCAACCCAGAAGAGCAUCAGGAGGAAGAACUAGAUCUACCAUAUUUUGAUAUGGCUACUGUUGAGGAGUGUUGCUAGACGCCAACCUUGAUUAGUAAAUUUAGUAUGACUAAUUUACUACCCGCUUAGUAUUGAACCUAUGGGGUCACACA